AUGAAGUUCUCAUGGGCAUCUCUCCUGGCCGCGUGCGUCCCCGCCAUCUCGGCCCGCUAUCUCUCGGCCAACGAGGGCGAUAACGUCGUCCUCAACCCCAGCGAGGAGACCUUCCUCGUCGAGCUGGCCCCCGGAAAGACGAAAUGGGUCACCGAGGAAGACAAGUGGGAGAUGCGCCGUAAUGGCCAGAACUUCAUGGACAUUACCGAGACCCAGAAGCUCGGCACCCAGCAUGUGGCCGCCAGCUCCCCGGUCGUCUUCCCCAAGAAGGCCGUCCACCAAGCAGAGGUCACCAAGCUCUCCAAGGAUUUGAAUAAGAAGAACCUGCAGGCCAACCUGGAGAAGCUUACUAGCUUCCACACCCGAUACUACAAGUCCGACUACGGUCUUCAGUCCUCCGACUGGGUUCUGGAAAAGGUCAACAGCAUCAUCAAGGAGGCUGGCGCUGACGGCACAGUCUACGCUAAGAGCUUCCCCCACACCUGGCAGCAGCACUCGGUCAUUGCCACCAUCCCCGGCCAGACCAACACCACCGUCGUUAUCGGCGCUCACCAGGACUCCAUCAACCUAUGGCUUCCCUCCAUCCUCGCCGCCCCUGGCGCCGACGACGACGGCAGCGGUACCGUGACCAUCCUCGAGGUCUUCCGCACCCUUCUCGAAUCUAAGGGUGUCGUUGCGGGCAACGCUACAAACACCAUUGAGUUCCACUGGUACAGUGCUGAGGAAGGUGGUCUGUUGGGUAGCCAGGCCAUCUUCCAGCAGUACGAGAAGGAAGGCCGUGACGUCAAGGCCAUGCUCCAGCAGGACAUGACCGGUUACGUCCAGAAGACGUUGGACUCUGGCAAGCCCGAGAGUGUCGGCGUCAUCACAGACUACGUCGAUAGUGGUCUCACUGCCUUCAUCAAGACUGUAAUCGAAGAGUACUGCGGCAUCCCUUGGGUCGAGACUAAGUGUGGCUACGCCUGCUCCGACCACGCAUCUGCCUCCAAGGCCGGAUAUCCCUCCGCCUUCGUCAUUGAGUCCGCUUUUGAGAACUCUGACCCCCAUAUUCACUCUACCGAGGACCUCAUCAAGUACCUGUCCUUUGACCACAUGCUUGAGCAUGCACGAUUCACCUUGGGUCUCGUCUACGAGCUUGGCCACUACGAUUUCUACAGUUCCAAGUCUGAGGAGGAGUACAACGAGCUCUAG